AUUACUCAAGUAAAAUUCAACGCGUUUUUCCUUUCCCUCGUGUUGCAAACUUGCAGUAAACCCAGCGACGUCUGCAUUUGUCCGUCUGUGACGGCGACGGUUUGCCGGAGAUUUCCACAUACUCCGUCUCCGUGAAAGGCGUUUACUUCAUCAGAUGGAAGUAGAAGGACAACAAUUGAAGAAAAAGAAGCAACUUGGCGAAGAUUCAAUCCACGUCUCUUCCUCAUCUAAGGAUUAUUGGCGAUCUCGAAAUAGACCUCGCAAGUUUUUCGACCCUUACAGCGUACCCGCAGGUUGGUUAUAUUGCCCUCCAUAUGGUGAUAAUAUAGGUCUUAUUAUCCCAUCCAAAGUGCCUCUGACUGAGUCAUUCAACAAGAACAUCCCUCCUGGAGAAAGUUACACCCCAAAAGAAGUAAUCGACAAGCAAAGAUGUUUAGGGAGAGAAAUAGGACUGGUGGUUGACUUAACAAACACUGACCGUUACUAUCCAGAAUCUGAUUGGACCACUCAUGGUAUUAGACAUGUUAAGAUUCGAUGCCCGGGGAAGGACUCUGUACCUGAUGCUGAGUCCGUAGAUAGAUUUAUUUCUGAGGUUGUGCAAUUUACAUCUCAAGAAUCUCAAGCAAGUAAGUAUGCUGUUGUCCACUGCACUCAUGGUCACAACCGAACAGGCUAUAUGAUUGCACAUUUUCUCGUACGUAAUCAGUCCGUUAGUGUUAGUGAGGCAAUAGCAACGUUUGCCCAAGCACGCCCUCCUGGAAUUUACAGACAGAAGUACGUUGAAGCACUAUAUGACUUCUAUUUCCAAUCGAAGCCUGAACUUUUUGUUUGUCCCCAAACUCCCGAUUGGAAGAGAGACUCUGAUCAAGAUAAUGAAGUUGUUGCCCCUUUUGGGAAUCUUGCAAGAGCAGGUGCGGUGUCAGAUGCAGAUUUUAGGGGCGAACGUAUCCCAUUCACUGAGGUUCAGAGGAUGAGGAACUUCUGCUAUCAAGUGCUUAAUUUGCAUGUACAGGCCAGGAGAAAUACCCAAAUUCCAGGAUCACACCCGGUUUCACUCGACAGGGACAAACUGCAUCUUCUAAGCCAGCAACUCUACCAUGUCACCUGGAGUGCUGAGGUGCCACGAUACAUGAUGCUAAUAGACAGGGAGGGUUGUUAUUUGGUUGAUCCACAGUUCUAUUUCAGGAAGGUCCCGCUGCGAUUUCCUCGCAAAAAUAUCUAUCAGGGUAGAGCUGACAUUUUUCAUCACUGCACGUUACUUGAUGGUGAAUUGAUUACUGAGACUGAGCCAGAGACACAAGUGAAGAGGACUAUUUACCUUAUCUAUGAUGUGAUAGCAAUUAACGAAUUCUCUGUUACAGAGCGGCCUUUCCAUCAUCGAUUGAUGCUAAUUGAAGAGGAGGUGAUCCGUCCCCGAAACUUUGAACGUGAACUUUUAUCCACACAUGUAAAUCCGUACUACCACUAUGGCCUGGAACCAUUUGAAGUGAGGAGGAAGGAUUUGUAUUUGCUAUCUGCAGCUUCUAAGCUCAUAAAAGAUAUAAUGCCAUGUCUUCCACAUUCAGCUGAUGGUCUUAUCUUUCAGGCCUGGAAUGCAACUUAUGUGCCUCGGGAACAUGAUGGACGUUUGAAAUGGAAAUAUCCCGGAACAAAUACUGUUGAUUUUCUAUUUGAGGUGGGAGUUGACGGUAGUACUUUGCUUUAUCUGCAAGAACACGAUAACAAGAAACUAAUUGAAGGUUGCAGAGUGAUGUUUAAAGAUGGAACUGAUGAUUUAUCGUUGUACUCGGGUAGGAUAAUCGAGUGUUCCUGGAACUCUUGUGAAGAUGCUUGGAUCUUUGUGCAGAUCCAAACAGACAAAUCAAACCCAGAUUAUAUUAGUGUCUACGAGGAGGCAAAGCACAACAUAGAGGGCAAUCUUACAGAGGAUAUCUUGUUAGAUGAGAUAGAUAAAGUGGCAGGUCUACCUAUAUACUCUGACUGGGCAAAUCGUCACAGUGGAAAUUUUAGAAAUGUCUGGAGAAGGCAGUGAGGGAUUUGCUGCUGUUUGUUGCGAUAUGCUUUCUCCCCAAUACAUAGUCUCUUUUUCACCAAUGAGGGUUGAGUUGAGAGGUGGAGGAGGAGGUUAUAGUCUAGUUAAAAAUGACUGCAGGUUCUUUGCAGUCGUCAUACAUCAUUCAGGCGUAUUUUUCUUCUCAAAUUCUGUUUUUCCAAGUUGAAAGAGUGGGAAUAUAGGGAUUUAUCUUUUUUUUUUCCUUCCCACCAUUGAGGAUUGAGGUGAGAGGCAAAGGAGGAGGUUUUAAUCUAAUUAAAAAUGACUGCAGGUUCUUUGCAGUCGUUAUCAUCAUUGGGGGGUAUUUUUCAUCUCAUAUCUAGGUUAUGAUGGAGACAAGAUUGGGCAUAAAAUUUUUGUUUGCUCAGUCCAUCAGAGCUCUGGGAAUGUCAAGGCAAUAUGAAAUGAGAGGUCUAGGUGGUGUUUGGAAUAUUUUCUAGGUAAGGUUAGCGCAAAAUAGUAACAUGUUUUCUCAUUAUCCUUUCUUUCAAAAGUUGUUGUGAAUUCGUGUAUUUACUAUAAGAUGCGGUAAAAGGACACUAUGUAGAAGCUAGCUGUGAUCUUGAAAUGAAAUAUUAAUUCUUCUU